CACGUGGCCCCAAUUAUAUUUAUUUUUUAUUAUUUUGGAAAACACAUAUUUCUCUUCUUCUUCCCACCUCCAUAAACUUUUUGCCUUGUUCUUGCAAACCAUCAUAAUACGACGACGUUUCUCCACGUCCAAUUCUGUAUUUUAGGUUUCUUGCAAGAUUUUUUCAAGAAAAGUAGAGGUUGAGGAGGGAAUUAUCACUAUCCUUGUUUUGUAAUUAGAAACACUCUUGAUCAAUGUGGAGUAGCAUAAUUAUCUUAUGCUGCUAGUGAUAGUUUAUUGUUUGGUUAGCUUUGUCCAAUAAUGGCUGCUUUUGGUUCUUUGCAGUUGUCCCAUUAUUUGGGGACUUGCAAGAACCAUGAGCGCCUCAAGAAAUAUUCACCAAUACAGAACACACUUGGAAGGAGCAGGUGGCAUUCUUGUUGCACGAAUCUGUCAUCUUUUUCAUCGCGGCAGGACUCUUGGAGUAUCCAUCACUUAAGAGGAUUGCAAGUGAAGAAACAUGUGCUUCCAUAUAGAAGCAAUUUGUUCAAGUGUAAUUCUUUCCUAAAACCUGACCAAGCUUUUGACAUUUCUGUAAAGAAUGCUGCUAUUAUACUGAAAAGAUCAUACAAUAGCUUACAAGGCAGCCCACAUCUGCUUAAGUUGCUUCCGGCAAUUGGAAUCCUUGGUUUUGCAGUUUGGGGUCUUGCACCACUACUGCAUCGAAGUAGAAAUGUACUCCUUCAUAGCGAUAACAGCUGGGGAAAGAGUGGUACGUAUCAUGUAAUGACCUUUUAUCUUCAACCUUUGCUAUUGUGGACUGGGGCAAUGCUUGUCUGCAGAGCAUUAGACCCCAUGGUGCUACCAACAGAAGCUAGUCAAAUUGUUAAACAACGACUUUUGAAUUUUGUAAAAUCAUUGUCUACCGUGCUAGCCUCUGCAUAUUGUUUGUCCAGUGUUAUUCAACAAGCACAGAAGUUUUUCAUGGAGACAAGUGAUGCAAAUGAUGCUAGAAAUAUGGGUUUCCAGUUUGCUGGUAGAGCUAUUUAUACUGCAGUAUGGGUUGCAGCUGCGUCAUUAUUCAUGGAAUUGCUAGGUUUCUCUACACAGAGAUGGCUAACUGCGGGAGGACUUGGGACAGUCUUGCUGACACUUGCUGGACGUGAGAUAUUCACAAAUUUUCUUUCAAGUAUCAUGAUCCAUGCCACGCGUCCAUUUGUCCUUAAUGAAUGGAUUCAAACCAAGAUUGAAGGCUAUGAAGUUUCUGGCACAGUUGAGCAUGUGGGUUGGUGGUCCCCCACAAUCAUAAGAGGUGAGGAUCGAGAGGCCAUUCACAUUCCAAACCACAAGUUUACAGUUAAUGUUGUCCGAAAUCUGACUCAGAAAACUCAUUGGCGUAUUAAAACUCACUUAGCCAUCAGUCAUUUGGAUGUCAGUAAGAUAAAUAAUAUUGUAGCUGACAUGCGCAAAGUUUUGGCAAAGAAUCCCCAAGUUGAGCAACAGAGGUUACAUAGAAGGGUAUUCCUGGAGAAUGUCAACCCUGAAAAUCAAGCCCUGUUGAUCUUAAUAUCCUGCUUUGUCAAGACAUCACACUUCGAAGAAUACUUGUGUGUCAAGGAAGCAAUUUUGUUAGAUCUUCUCAGAGUCAUUCGACAUCACCGAGCUCGGCUUGCCACUCCCAUCCGUACGGUUCAGAAAAUAUAUAGUGAUGCUGACUUGGACAACAUGCCAUAUGAUUCUGCCUUCAAUCGUGGAGCAGCAUCAACUCGUCCAUUGCUACUGAUUGAGCCAUCUUAUAAGGUCAAUGGGGAAGAUCGCACAAAAGGUCGACCAAUUCGUGUGAAUGGUGAAGAAGACACCAAGGAAAAGGCUACCAUGAAACCGGCACCUGACAGCAAGGUUGAAACCAAGAGCGGAGCUGCAUCUGAUCCUAAAAUCAAAGAAACAAUUCCAGCUAGCGUUAAUGGUAAGGAUGUGCUAAUUUCUGACUUGAAACUUGAUCCCAAAGUUGACAAAAUGGCAUAUGCUGAAUCCAAAGAUGACAUUAGAACACCGUCGGAUCCAAAACGGAGUAAGGCAACAGUGAAAAACACUUCAAAACCUGUCUCAAAGGCUGAGUCAAAGUCUACAGAAGUUGGUACUUCUGAUUCCAAAUAUCUUCCAGAGAACAUUUCUAGCAGCAAGCAAGUUAAUAAGGUUAGCCAGGGAAGUGGUCGCGCGACCAAUGUAGUUGAUAAUUCCGCAACUUCUCCAUCAGAUGUUAGAGAGAAAACAGGCAAUGUCCCAUCUACUUCACAAUCUAAAAGAGAGGAUGAAAAACCACAAGUCACACAACCAUCUGUGCCAUCGAAACCUGCAUUGGAAGAGAACAUUGUUCUUGGUGUUGCUCUUGAGGGUUCAAAAAGAACCCUUCCAAUUGAAGAAGAGCUGUCUCCACCACCAAAUCCAGCAGAAUCCAAGGAAAUGGCUACUAGCCGUAGUAGUAGUAAUGCUUCUACCGUUGCAGAGAAAGAUAAACAAGAUGGACAACAUUCAAACCGACCUAAUUCUACAGCUCCGGAUCAGUCGGGUAAAAGGCCCUCAACCGACAAAUGAUUCGCCUAUGUUUUCACUAACAAUUCAUGUGAAACUAAUUCUUUGUCAACACCAGAUUUGAUGUUUUAUGGUCCAUUGAGAUAGUUGUCUUGAUGUCCAGGAUAGUGAAGUAUUUAGCCCCCAUCACUCCAGUAUAAAAAUGGUAACUUAUAGGGCUUAAUCAUGUUAGUUUCUAGUGGUUUUUGAUGUAUGUAUUAUUGUCAUGUGUCCAGUUUGAUCCUCUGGCAUGUUUUUUGGUUAUUGGCCUGGCUGGGCAACUUCUAUAGGAAUGGUCAUUUUUACUGAUUCAUGCUGGUUAAUACCAGAUACACACAUUCAUGUA